CUCCUCGUCGACUCUUCGGGUCUCCGCUGGCGGCACCACCACUCUAUACCCUAAUCCUCGUCCUCCUCGCCCUUCCCAUCUCCAUCUCCCUGCUACUCUCCGCCCUUCUGUCCAACCCCCCAACCAAAACAUCCAUCAUGCCUCAGGACCUCAAGAAACUCUACCCCCAGGCGAGAGCCACCAAGCAGGGCCCCGUCACCGUUGAAGUUGCCGGCGUCCCUAAAGUCGAAGGCGAAACCAUCCCGCGCCGUAACGCAAGGACAGCGGAUGCCCUAAAGCUCAAGCCUCACGACAGCGUCAGCACCCUCUACGACCUGGUCAAGUAUGCCUCGAGCAAGUUUGGCAACGCAAAAGCAAUGGGCUCCCGCCGCAUCGUCCGCACCCACACCGAGACCAAGAAGGUCAAGAAGAUGAUUGAUGGCGUCCAGCAAGAGGUGGACAAGAACUGGACCUACUUCGAGCUGUCCGAGUACAAAUACCAGACCUUUGUCGAGUUCGAGAAGCUCAUCCACGACAUCGGCGCUGGCUUGAAGAAGCUGGGCCUCAAGCCCCACGAUCGCCUCCAUCUCUUCGCCGGAACCAGCUCGCAGUGGCUCGCCAUGGCUCAUGGCACCCUUUCUCAGUCCGGCGCAAUAGUCACCGCCUACGAUACGCUCGGAGAGGAGGGCCUCAAGCACUCCAUGUUGCAGACCAAAGCCAAGUUCAUGUUCAUCGACCCCACGCUGUUCCCCAACCUCGUCAACCCCUACAACGAGGCCAAGGACGUCGAGGUCGUUUUCUACAGCACCGGUAAUGAUCUCGUCCAGAGUGACUUGGACGCCUUCAAGGCCGCACACCCCCAUGUCAAGAUCAUGAGCUUUGACGACUUGGUCAAGUUGGGCCAAGAGAACCCUGCGGAUCCUAUCCCGCCCAGCGCCGACGACCUGGCAUGCAUCAUGUACACUUCUGGCUCUACCGGUACUCCCAAGGGCGUGCUCAUCAAACAUCGCAAUGUCAUCGCAGCGGUUGCCGGUGUCGAUGUGAUUGUGGGUGACUACCUUGGUCCAGGCGACGUGCUGCUCACCUACCUCCCGCUCGCUCAUAUCCUGGAAUUCGUCUUCGAAUCCGCAUGCCUCUUCUGGGGUGGAACCAUGGGCUACGGCACCGUUAAGACGCUCUCUGAUACGUCUGUGCGUAACUGCAAGGGAGAUAUCCGUGAGCUGAGGCCAACCAUCCUCGUUGGUGUGCCCCAGGUCUGGGAGACGGUCAAGAAGGGUAUCAUCACAAAAGUCGAGUCGGGAGGCGCCCUCACCAAGAAGGUCUUCUGGGGCGCCUACGCUGCCAAGCAGCUCCUCCUCGGCAUGGGGCUGCCUGGGAGUGGUGUCUUGGAUGCCAUCGUCUUCAACAAAGUCAAGGAAGCGACGGGAGGCAAGCUAAGAAUCUUACUCAACGGCGGCGGUCCCGUCGCCAAGGAGACGCAGCGCUUCCUCUCCGUCGCCAUUACCCCCAUGAUCAGUGGCUAUGGCCUGACCGAGACUUGCGCCAUGGGCGCGCUCAUGGACCCUCUCGCUUGGACCGACCAGGCGCUGGGCGAGAUGCCUGCGUGCAUUGAGAUGAAGCUCGUCGACUUCGCCGACGCUGGCUACUUCACCAGCAACAACCCGCCGCAAGGCGAGAUCUGGAUCCGUGGAGGAGCAGUCACAGACGGCUAUCUUGAGCUCGAGAAGGAGACCAAGGAGUCGUACACGGAGGAUGGAUGGUUCAAGACCGGCGACAUUGGGCAGUUCGACGCCAAGGGGCAGCUCAAGAUCAUCGACCGCAAGAAGAACCUCGUCAAGACGCUCACCGGCGAGUACAUUGCGCUCGAGAAGCUGGAAUCCGUCUACCGCUCCGUUCCCAUCGUUGCCAACAUAUGCGUCUACGCUGCCGACGACCAGGCCAAGCCCGUCGCCAUCAUAGUGCCUGCCGAGCCUGUCCUGAAGAAGGUUGCGGCCGAGCAGGGCGUCGAGGGCGAACAUCUGGAGGAGUUGGUCCACGACCGGAAAAUUGUGAAUGCCGUGUCGAGGCAGCUGCAGGCUGCGGGCCAGAAAGCGGGUCUGGCUCCGUUCGAGAUUGUGCAGGGCGUUGUGUUGGCCGACGAGGAGUGGACGCCGCAGAACGGCUUCACGACGGCAGCGCAGAAACUCAACCGCCGCGCCAUCCUCGAGCGGUAUCAGAAGGAGGUUGACAAGGCGUAUGGCAAAUAGGUCGACGCUGCUUGCAGUAUCAACGAACUUCACUCGAUUUGGAAUCACAUGACGCUUAUUUGGUAGUACCCCCUCUCGGCGAACUUGAUUCUGAAGGCAGCGACGGAGAUGAUGGUGGAUGGGGUUUUACGGAUUUUCGUUUUUUUCCUGGCAUGCCCGGCCACGCUUUUGCUCGGCUCAGCUGCUUGUAUGACACUGCUAUCUACGUUUUGAGGGGGGUGCUGGAUGGCACGGGGAACCGAGAGAGAGAGGAUGCGUGCGGAUGUGAAGGUAUCGGGGGAGGUGGAGUGAGGUAGUUUUGACGAAUCUCGUGGAGGUAAUUAAUUGUAUUCUAUCUAUGCAACUGGAUCCUAGGUGCUGGAGCUGUUCCCCGUUGCAUCCUCUUUCCUAAGUGCUGGAGCUGUAUAGGCCUUU